AGAGGCUUACAACAUGUUCAAGUUUUCUUUCCGGGUAGAAACAGAUGAGGAAUCUAGUGAAAAGCCUACAAAGGGGGCUGAAGAAAAUAAAACGCCUCACACAGAAGAGGCUGCUGAAACACAAGAUAAAAUUUUAGAUGUGUAUCCUUGCGAAGAGCUGUGCUACGAUCCCGACCAGCCCUCAAAAAGGGUAUUUAACCCAGAUGUAACUAGCAUUUUUAAACCUUCAGAGGACUGUUCUGUUGAGUAUCUCAGCCAACUGGCUUUACUAGACGAAAUUUUCACCGACGAUAUUGUGACUGCAGAAUCCGAUCAUUCCGAUCUCAUCCCGAACCGUUAUGAGGGUGGCCUAAAGGUGUGGGAAUGCACUUUCGAUUUGGGAUUGUUUUUGGUACAAUCCGAAGAACGAAAGGAUGUCCUUCGAGGGAAGAAAGUAUUGGAUUUAGGGUGUGGUGCAGGAAUCCUAGGAAUAGAAGCUGCCCAGAUGGGUGCCAAAUGCGUAGACUUUCAGGACUAUAAUAAGGACGUUUUAACCAAACUAACGAUGGCAAACUUCGAGCUGAACCGCAACUCGAAUGAAGACAACGGCGAUAAGCAGGAGUCCAAUCCGGCAGUUAGAUUUUAUUCCGGUGAUUGGGGAAGUUUCACGGAGAAAUACCACAACAAGUACGACCUCAUACUUACCUCGGAAACGAUAUAUUCGACGCAGAACUACCCCAAGCUCCUUGAACUUUUCGAUCAGAAGCUAGAGCCCGAUGGAGUUGUAUAUUUAGCAGCCAAAACAUACUACUUUGGAGUUGGUGGAGGCGCCCGGUUGUUCGAGAAGGCGAUGGAUUCGGAUGGUCGAUUCCAACAUGAAGUUGCGUGGAAAUGCGAUUCAGGAGUGAAACGAGAGAUUCUGAAAAUCACCCGAAAGUGA